AUGACGGAUGGCCGGACUCCUGAUCGAGUACAUCGUCGUGGCAGUCUUCGCAUUCAGGGUCUGCUGGGGACUCCCGAAUCAAUCCAGAUGGGCAAGAACCGAAGCGUUGGAUUCGAAGAGACAAGUGAGGCUGCACUGGACGCCGAGGAUCACCAAAGGAGACAUCCAGUUCCUAUUCGUUGCUCCAAGCACGGGAUGGGUUGGAGUGGGUUUCUCUCCUAACGGCAUGAUGAUAGGGGCCGACAUGGUCAUCGGAGGAAUCAGGAACGGAUCCCCCUAUUUCAGCGAUCGGCAUUCCGCAUCGAACACCCUUCCUGAUGUCGACAAGCAGCAGAAUUACGAAUUGAUUCGAGCUUUGGAGAACGGGACCCACACCUGGCUUCACUUCUGCCGGAAUAUCAGCACCACAGAUUUGUUGCAGGAUUAUCAAAUCACGAACAAGGCAGUGGAAAUCAUCUGGGCAUACGGGGAAAAAGACCCAGGGGCCGGGGAGGAACCUUCCUAUCACGCGCGCAACCGAGGGGAACGCAGCCUGUCCAUCCUAGAUGCCACCGUCGACGUCAGCCAGGAGGAAGCCUCGGCGGAUCCCUCGAAGGACGGAACGGAGGAUUAAUCGGAAGCGGGCAUCCGCAUUCCUCUUACCUGAUGGCCUUCGUUUCGAAAAGGAAGAGGUCUACACCGUCGCUCAUCACCAAUCGAUAUAUCUAUAUAUUUUGUAUCCUUUGUCUUCAUGUCUUCUUUGUAUCCUUUGUCUAUUUGGGAGAUUUCUUUGCCCUCGAUUCUGUUUCGAAUGAAGUCGCACCUUCCGAUGAAGCAA